GGUCUUCAGAGCAAACGCGCCUUUCUGCGUUUUGCUUAUAAUUCUGCGCAACAUGAAGGCAAUGGUACUCGUCUUGCUUGUCAUCACCCUGCUUAUGUCCUGUGCAAGCGCGGGAUACCACUACGGUGGUUAUGGAGGAGGUGGCGGAGGCGGUGGAGGUGGUGGAUACGGAGGAGGUGGAUACGGCGGCCACGGCAAGAAGAUCAUAAUCAUUAGUCACCACGGAGGAUACGGCGGUGGCGGUGGCGGUGGCGGAGGUGGUGGUGGCGGCUACGGUCACGGCUGGUGGUAGCACUCAUUGCACUCUUCUUAUGCCCUAUCACCUUAUGAACGGCACCUCCGGCAAGCAGAUCAUGGACUACGCACAGCAAAGAACGACUGUCAGUGAAGCGCUUAUGUUUCGAAUAAAAAAAAAUGUUAUUGA